AGCUUGUAUGAUCAGAUGUAUAAAGGAUAAGUCUUGAUUCUCUCAAAGUAAAUUGAUCCUUCUUUACACCCAUCAACAUCUAGUGAUCUAGACACAAGAGCAUCUGAUCUUGAUACCCAUCAAUUAUCACCUCCACCUUGUCCUUGCUCCUUGUCUUUGUCUUCGUCUUUGUUCUCGUCCCUCCAUCAUGUCCUAUGACAACCAGCGAGCCUCACGUGCCUUUCAAUGGACAGAUUACGAGCCAAAACGAUCACUCUUUGAUCAACUACGCAGCCGAGGUCGUCAGAAUAGCUCUUUAUCCCAAAGAUCCAACCUCCCUUGCACACCACGUUCCCUGAGCAUCAGGAGUCCUUCCUCGCACCCCCUCACAAACCCGUCUCCCCCCACCAAGCGGCCAAAUCGUCCAGGGAUGAAUGCCUUCACAGUCUCCUCCAACGAGCCCCCGCCGGCAUAUACCCCGUCUCCCACCGCCGCAUCAGGGCCAACUAUUGAACCCGCUAUAUUCGAACUCGAAUCACCAACAACCACAACCAACCCACCAGUCCCCGUCUCCGCCACAAGCCAUGGAGAAGAUCCCUACGCCUUCCUCACCACCUUUGAUACCACGCUCCUCAUCGACGACUCGGGCUCGAUGGCCGGUCGUUCAUGGCGGGAAGUCUCGCAAGCUCUGUCCACCAUCGCGCCAAUAGUCACCCAGCACGACAACGAUGGCAUUGACGUCUACUUCCUGAACCAUAAAUCCAGCGACCCGGGCUCGCCCGCCGAAGGGAUAGCGGCUGGGGGUUACCGCAGGAUCAAGAGAGCCGCAACCGUCACCGAGGUCUUCCAGAGAGUGCGGCCCCAGGGCGGCACACCAACUGGCAUCCGAGUACACAAUAUCCUAAAGCCCUACCUGGCUCGUGUCGAGAAGGAGCUCGCAGCAGACAGGGAAGUCAAGCCUCUUAACCUCAUUGUGCUUACCGACGGCGUUCCAUCAGAUGAUGUCGAGUCGGUGCUCCUCUCCGCUGCGAAGAAGCUGGACAAGCUCGAUGCACCCCCCUACCAGGUCGGCGUACAGUUCUUCCAAGUGGGCAAUGAGGAAGGGGCAAAAGAGGCUCUGGAGGAGCUCGAUGAUCAACUGGGAAACAUGGUCGAAGGCGGCGUACGAGACAUCGUGGAUACAGUGACGUGGACCGGUGGGAGAAGUGCUAGUGAAGGCGGCAUUGGCUUAACUGGCGACGCGGUGCUUAAGGUCGUAUUAGGGAGUGUUGUUAAAAGGCUUGAUCGCAGACGUGCAAGUGGAGAGGUCAGCAGAUCUUGAGGCUUCCUUUUGCAUAUUACCAGCUGGCUUCUCUGCCUGUUUUCAUUCAUUCUCUUCCCUUCGCUGUACAAUUUCUCUUCUCUUACCUUUUGGUAACAUGCGUGGAUUCGCGUUCCUUUAGAUACAACUUCGCAAGAAUAACAUAGCAGGCUUGCAGCUUGAUACCCUUACUAGGUUGCUAUGAAAUCAGAAAUUCAAUUCCAUUCCCCA